CCGGGGAUUCAGGGCAGCAGUGUGAGGGGAAACAGUGAGCGAGUGCAGUGUGUCAGCGCAGACCGGUGGGCUGAACCCAGACAUUCAGGAAUAUCACUAAAUACAACCCAGUAACCACGACGUGGAGCUCCUCUCGGAGGCUUUGUUCUGAACGAGGCGACGUCCGCUGAAGAGUCAGAUUUAAUCCAGGUUGAUUUGAUUCACUCUCUUCAAGUCUUCUCUGUGAAGAUGGGCUGAUUUUCUUGACCUCUACAUUAAUGCAAGUAGUCUCUCUCCAUGUCUGAAGACUUGGAUUCCAAACAAUACCUGUUCUCCUCUCUGGAGGGGCAGGACCAGGCAGCUGGCUGUAGUUCCAUGGCUACACUUCGUCGAAUGAGCGGUUUCGCAGAGGGUGGUGAGCUAGGCUUGGCCUCAGAGGGCAGUGAUAGCAGCAGUCAGGACCCUCCUGCAUCACCUCACAGUGACCAUAAGAUGGCGCACUCCUUGCACGAGGAUGUUGAGAUGAAGAGUAGCGGGUCCAGUGGAAGUGGGACUGAAUCGCACGGUAACGAGUCGCACGGUAACGAAUCUCAUGGAAAUGAGUCACAUGGCAACGAGUCAACUGGAAGUUCCAAUGGCAACAGCAAAGACUCAGCCCUGUUGGAAUCGUCAGGGAGCAACAAGAGCUCUAAUUCCCACAGUCCCUCACCUCCUAGCAGCUCCAAUGCCUUCAGUCUGCUGAGUGCCAGUUCUGAACAGGACAACCCCUCUACCAGUGGCUGCAGUAGUGAAGAGUCGGCUAAAGCAAAAACACAGAAGGAGCUGAUUAAAACACUAAAGGAACUGAAGCUCCAUUUGCCAGCAGAGAAGAGGAACAAGGGCAGCAAGUCAACAACUCUGAACACCCUGAAAUAUGCUCUGCGUUGUGUUAAACAGGUUGAAGCCAAUGAGGAGUACUACCAGCUGCUAAUGAUCAAUGACAGCCAGCCAUCUGGCCUGGAUGUGUCUUCAUAUACGAUAGAAGAGAUUGACAGCAUCACUUCAGAAUACACUCUCAAAAAUACUGAUAUCUUUGCUGUGGCCGUGUCUCUGAUCACGGGGAAGAUUGUGUACAUCUCAGAUCAGGCAGCCUACAUUCUAAACUGCAAGCGGGAUGUGUUCAAGAACGCCAAGUUUGUGGAAUUUCUAACGCCACAAGAUGUCAGCGUGUUCUACAGCUUCACCACUCCCUACAGGCUGCCCUCCUGGAGCAUGUGCACUGGAGCAGAAUCCUCACCUUCUGACUGCAUGCAAGAAAAGUCCUUCUUCUGUCGCAUCAGUGGUGGUAAGGAGUGUGAGGGAGAUUUGCAGUAUUACCCAUUUCGAAUGACACCGUACCUGAUGAAGGUACAGGAUACAGAGCACACUGAAGAUCAGUUCUGCUGCCUCCUGCUGGCUGAAAGAGUGCACUCAGGCUAUGAAGCUCCAAGGAUCCCCACUGACAAACGCAUCUUUACAACCACGCAUACACCCAACUGUGUGUUUCAGGAUGUUGAUGAGAGGGCUGUUCCAUUGCUGGGAUACUUACCGCAGGAUCUUAUUGGUACGCCAGUGCUCUUGCACCUGCAUCCAAAUGAUCGACCAAUCAUGCUGGGGAUUCACAGGAAAAUCCUUCAGUACGCCGGGCAGCCAUUCGACCACUCGUCCAUCCGGUUCUGUACAAGGAAUGGAGAGUAUGUCACCAUAGAUACCAGCUGGUCUAGCUUUGUCAACCCCUGGAGCCGCAAAGUGUCCUUUGUCAUUGGACGACACAAAGUGCGCAUGGGCCCUGUGAAUGAGGAUGUGUUUGCAGCUCCAGCAAUAGCAGAGGGAAAAGUAAUGGACUCAGACAUCCAGGAAAUCACUGAGCAGAUACAUCGGCUAUUACUACAGCCAGUACAUAAUAACGGCUCCAGCGGAUAUGGCAGCCUUGGCAGUAACGAUCAUCUGAUGAGCGUGGCUUCGUCCAGCGAGAGCAACGGUAAUGGAACCCGCCCACGCGCUGAGAACGAGGAGGGCAACAGAGCCAAACCGAGAACCUUUCAGGAGAUCUGCAAGGGGGUUCAUAUGCUGAAGAACCAGGAACAGCAGUCCAAAAAGAAUUCAGGCACAGAGUUACUCCAAAAGAGUCCAGCAGUUCGGCCCAAAGACUCCGCUUGCCCAGUGAACUGGAGAGAGAGUGUGGAUGAGCAGCAGGCCACAGUACAGGAGGAGCUCACCUUUAAAGACCAGACCGUCUACUCCUACCAGCAGAUCAGCUGUCUGGACAGUGUCAUCAGAUAUCUAGAGAGCUGCAAUGUGCCUAUCACAGUGAAAAGGAAGUGUCCGUCAUCCUCCAACACCACUUCCUCAAACUCAGAUGAGGACAAGCAGAAGGCUGCUGAGAGCUCAAUGCAAGUGGCUGAAGAGUCUGGUCACCUGAAACCGCAAGCAGGCCUCUCAUCUCUAGACGUCUCAGAAAAGCCAGCAAGUUCGGGGGUAGUGGGCACGUCGCUGACACCACUGGCUCUACCCAGUAAAGCUGAGAGUGUGGUAUCCAUCACCAGCCAGUGUAGUUACAGCAGCACCAUUGUACAUGUUGGGGACAAGAAGCACCAACCAGAGUCAGAGAUCAUUGAGGAUGCCCCUAGUGCUGGAGACACAGCAGAGGGGCCUGCUCUGGCUGUCCCCCCUGCUGCAGUUUCCCCUCCCAGCCAGGAAAGGGAGGCCUAUAAGAAACUGGGCCUAACCAAGCAGGUGCUGGCAGCCCACACUCAGAAAGAGGAGCAGGCCUUCCUCAGCCGCUUCAGAGAGCUGAGGGGAGUUCAUGCUUUUAAAGCGGACUGCUCCCUCUACCUGGAGAGACAGAAAGGACAGGUCACAUCUGAUGCAGGACCACCUCAUGUAGGAAAGCAGGGGGGAGUCACAGAACCAACUGCUCGCCGAGGGGGUCGCAACAAGAAGACAAAGUCCAAGCGUGUCAAACAGAAUGAGUCGUCUGACAGCACUGUCUCACACAGGAAGCAGCUGUCCAGGCAAGAGCUGCAGGGCCUGAACCAAACCUCCUGGUCUCCAUCGGACACUUCGCAGUCCACGUAUCCAAUCGCGUACCCAGCUAUGAUGCCUGCGUACCCGCUCCAAGUUUACCCAGGGACCAACAUUAUGGCCCCCCGGGUAGAUGCCUCUAUCUCAGGAUUUGGGGACAGCCAGUGCAGCCAGGUCCCGCCCAUCCAGCCACCUUUUUCAGCCCCUUUGGUCACACCCAUGGUGGCACUGGUGCUGCCGAACUAUAUGUUCCCACAGAUAGGAAGUGCUCCCCGGCAGCCUUUCUACCCAGAGCAAGGGACUUUCACUGCCCAGCCAUCAUUUCCCCCACAGACUGUGUACCCCCCUCAAGCUUCGUUCCAGCCCCAGACUACAUUUCCUGUACAGACUCAGUUCACCACGCAAAAUCCCUUCACCCCGCCAACGCCUUUUCCCACACAGUCCUUCCCCUACACUCUCACAGGUGACCCGCCAAAGCCCGCAGAGACAGUGCUGAGGGAGGGGCAAUCACGAAGCUCCACUCCUCAAUCAGUGGGUGGGCGGGACCAGUCUUCUCCACCCCUCUUUCAGUCUCGUUGCAGUUCCCCCCUGCAGCUCAACCUCCUGCAGCUGGAGGAGAGCCAGCGAUCUGUGGAGCGACAGGACAGUUCAGCACCCUCUUCUGGAGCUCAGGGGACCUGCACUGCUGCAGCAGAGAAAGGAGGGAAUACAGGCACGCACAGCAAAAGUGACAAAAAACAGCUGUCACUCAUUUCGCCUGGUCCAGUAGGGGCUAGAUAUGGGCCAGGGCAUCCUCUGAUCCCGCCCCCCCAACGAGGCCCCCUGUUGUCUGGGGAGCAAGAAAAAGAUGGAGAGGGUUUAUGGGACAGAGUUUUCUCUAAACUCAGAUGUCCCAGCGAAGAGGAUGAAGGUUCAACAGGUAAUGGUCACCACUGCGACACUCUCUCAUCAUCUAGCGACCUGCUGGAUAUCCUUCUACUGGAGGACUCUCGUUCUGGAACAGGUUCCGCCACCUCUGGGUCCAUGGGCUGCGGUUCUAACGGCUGUGGGACAUCUGCUUGUGGGACAUCUGCCAGUGGUGGAUCUGCGAGUGGAACAGGGAGCAGUCACACCAGUAAUAACAGCAGUAACUACUUCGGCAGCGUGGACUCUUCGCAGAAGUCUCAUAAGGCCAAGGGGUCGGGUGGUGGCGUUUCAGGGCCCAUGGAGAUGGAGGAGAGUGAGAGUCUGAUAAAGUAUGUACUGCAGGAUCCUCUAUGGCUCCUUGCAGCCAACGUAGACGAGGCUGUUAUGAUGACAUACCAGCUGCCCUCUCGUGAUAUACAGCGAGUUUUGCGUGAGGACCGUGAGAAGCUGAGGCAGAUGCAGAAGAGUCAGCCGCGGUUCUCUGAGGAGCAGAAAAGAGAGCUGGCUGAGGUUCAUCCUUGGAUGAGAAGAGGAGGUCUGCCCAAAGCCAUUGACGUAAAGGCUUGUGUCGGCUGUGAAGGUGUGACAGAGACGCUGCUUGAAGAGGAGCUCCCCGACCUGCAUAUGGGGGAAUCUGAAAGCAAUGAUGUCACAGCAGCCCCCUCAAACCAGGAACAGUGAAAAGACUUCCUCUAAAAAAUGUUAUACACCAACAUUUCUAUGGUCUUCAUGUUUGAGGACACUUUAUUUUACGAGUGUAUGGCAACCACGUGCUCUCAAAGAGUGUGUGUGUGUGCGCGUGUGUGUGUGGUGGGGUUAUAAACUGUGAUGUAAAUUUUCUUUGUCGCCAUGGCAACAGUGAAGCGUAUUUUUGUUUCUUUUCUUUGCUCCUGUGUUCUGCUGUUAUUUUAAUGUUGUUUUUCCCCCCUUUAAAGCUCUUUCAGGACUUCUGCCAUGUGCCACAUUGUGUUGUAAAACUGCAGUCGGCAAAAUUUUACUUGUGUGUAGCUUGUGUGUGAAAAGAUUGUCAGUGGGGUCCUCUACUGAAAGAUGUCAAAAAUAUUUAUUUUUAUAUACAUAUGUUAAUAUAUAAGUAAUAAAAGUGCAUAUCGCUUUUUAUGUGCUGAAUCUGGAAAAGUGUGUAUUAAAUUACUUAUCAGAGCAGAGCAAUAGAAAAGGAAAAAAAAAAACGAGCGUAAUGUAUAUGGACCAAGCUCAGCAU